AUAAAUGAUUAUUAUUUCAGAAAUAUUACCAUAAAAUGAGUGAAACUGCAACUACUUCUGCGUCUAAAACUAAAACAGGAACCUUCUCUGAAGGCCCCUCUGACUAUGGAGCUGAAGAUUUUGACACAGACCGCUGGUCCAACCACAUCACCUAUCACCAGCUAGUGGUAUCCACCUGCAUCAGCAUCACGCAGCUCUGGUGGCACCCCUACGUGGACGACUUGUCCCGACAUGUCCCAUUCCUGAUACUCUACCUGGUGUUCAGUGUGCUGGUCGCCUUCCCUCUGUUUUAUCUGGAGCUGGCCGUGGGAGCCGUGACGAGGAAGAAUCUGGUGCAGUGCUGGGACAUUUCGCCGCUUGCUAGAGGGACCUCCUUCACGUCGCUCUGCAUCUGCCUCCUCACGGCCAUGCCGCUCAGCCUGGUGGCUGCCUACAGCCUGCACUACCUGGUCCACUCCUGCCACCACUUCCUGCCCUGGCUGCACUGCACUGGGCUCAUCUUAGUUAAAGCAGCAGCAGUAGCAUAUAGCAAGAUAGACAACACGGGGUCACAGGACACCAGAAAGUUUAAGAUUACGCAAUUACGCUUAGGUACGCCGCGCGGCAUAGAAAGCACUCACUUCGCGCUUUAUCCCCUGCUGUUCUAUCUUCUAGGAACCUCCUUCACGUCGCUCUGCAUCUGCCUCCUCACGGCCAUGCCGCUCAGCCUGGUGGCUGCCUACAGCCUGCACUACCUCGUCCACUCCUGCCACCACUUCCUGCCCUGGCUGCACUGCGCGGCGGCGGCGAGGCCCCCUUGCAGUGGCCGGCAUAGGGCUGCCGCGCCCGGGGCUGAUACGCCUGCUGCGAGUUUCUUUUACAACUUCGUCCUGAACCUCCACCGAAACGCCCCUGACCGGAGCGGCCUGGGCGGCGGGCUGGGCAACAUCGUGUGGGAGCUCGCCGUCUACUACACCAUCUGCUGGAUGUUGAUAUACUUCAUCGCUUUCAAGAAGAUCUAUAGCUAUUCUAAGUUGGUCCUGUUCAAAGACACCCUUGCUUACCUGACCCUCGUGUGCUGUUCCGUGGGAGUCAUGAGUCUGCAGGGCGCCGGCCGGAUGAUGCACGAGUGUAACUGGUCUGAGCUGUUGGAUGUAGAGCUAUGGCGAGAGGCGGCAGAAUACUCGCUCCUUCAAAUGUCAGUAGGACAAGGCACCCUGAUAAUGUUGGGAGGCUACUGCCCGGGGCAAAGACAACAGUUGCAUUUGACGUCGGUGUUGGGUCUGGUCGCGUCCACCUCGUCUACGAUACUGGCUGCGGUGGUGUUGGGGGCGGUACACGGGGCUCUGAAGACGGAUUAUGAUGAUAAAGUAAAUUUGGAAAGUGGAGCCUCAGCCUCCCUCAUCCUGUGGUCGGACCUGGCGGCGCGCGCGCCCGGCAGUCAGUUCUGGGCGGCUCUCAUCUUCUUCACGCUGUUUGUGUUGGCGCUCACUGCCACGGCCCUCCUAGUCCAAACCAUGAUGUCGUCUCUCUCAGCCGCCUGCAUGCGCAACAACAGCUGGGCCGCGCUCCUACUCGCAUGUACCUUGCACUGCCUUGUGGGGUAUCUGCUGUUGUGUACUGAGAUGGGCAUAAACAUCCUGAACUUCCUCAUCCGCUGGCCCGCCUCCCGCCUGCGCCCCGCCGCCGCCGCCGUGGCCGCGCUCGCCGUGACCUACUUCUACGGACAGAAGCUGUUCUGUGAGGGAAUCUAUGAGGCUGUCGGGGAAUACCCGCCGGCCUUCUUUAGGGUUUCUUGGGCUGUCAGUCCGUGGGUUAUGUUGAUAAUGUUCAUGGCGGACAUGGACCUGUCAGCCUCGACCUGGGAGCGGCGCGCGGGCUGGCUGCUCGUGUCUCUGUGCUCGCUGCCCAUAUUCGCGUGCUCCAUACUGUAUGUGCUGUUCAAGUGCCGGAUUAGGAACAUGGUGACUGAAAAGUGAUUUAAUAUUCAAGUAUUAUCAAUAUUUAUUAAACUAUGUAUAACUUCAACAGUAUAUGAAAUAAAAUGCCGUAUUUUCUUAAUGACACCAUAUUUUAUUCACAAAUUUCUCAUAACACCAAUAUGUUACCAAAAUAAAGGAUUAUUUUAUAGUUAGUCAUACACACAUACAUCAUACAAAUAACAAUUCACGCCGCUGGACCGACAGGCGAUGCUGAGCCUGGAUAUAAACACUUUCCAUACAUUAUACUUUACAUCUUGUCUUUUUAUAAGAACAUUGCCAGUAGAGGCCAACAGGAGUAUCUAUUCUCUAAACAAUUCAAAUAAAAACCCAAUACGGUAAAA